GUAAUCUUAUGAGUUCCAUCAAUAAAUAUUCUGCAGAGUAGAAGAUUACUAUUAAACUACGCAAGCUUUAAUACAUGGCUGCAUACAGCAGACAUUUGUAGGGAAAUCAAUAAAAUAGAUUAGGUUUCAUCUCAACUUCCUACUUUACAACUAGAGGCCAGAACACAAUGAAGGCUAGGGAAAUUAAUGAAUCUUUUCACUUUCACUGUACUGUUGUUAAGUGAGAGGACUGCAUGGCUUUGUAUGGCCUCUAACAAUUCACUUCAUUCGGUAAUUAACACUGGUGUAGUACUUAUAAACCAAUCGCACAAGGGGACACAUAGAACCAACAGCUAGCAGGCACCAUAUUGUCAUCGAUGUGCUGGUGAAGUGAGUGAAUUGAAGAACUUAAGGGAAAAACAAAACAUCGGUCUACAUUCAAAAUGAAAAACUUGCAGAGCCUUCAAACUGCAUUCGCAGUCAUGGUGAUGUGCAUUACUGGAUACAAGGAAACGAUGGCUGAACCCAGAAAUGCCAGCAUCUGUUUUGCCCAUCCCAGCAAUAUUCUCAACCUGACGUGCAGCAUUGGAUCCAUGAUACGCAUCAACAAGAUCAUUUACGGCCUCAGUGCCAGUGGAAAAUGUAACUACACUGAAGGUGACUGUCAUGUAACUGAAGACACGCCUUAUUCCUGUGUCGGCCAGUCACACUGUGGUAUCAACCUGCCAUCUGGGGACUAUGGGCGCUACAUCCCCCACUGCAAGCAAUAUAGCAACUACAUCCAGGUUGAAUAUGAGUGUAUACCAGUGGACUGGAGCGUUGACAUAUGUGACGAGCAUAAGGACAAACUUUUCACCCAGAAUGGCUACAUCCAUAGCCCACGUUACCCUAGCAACUACCCUAGCAACAAGGACUGUGAGCUCCAUAUCAUUGUGAAUCCGGGUCAGAAAAUAAAACUUCUGGCUCUGGACCUCCACAUCCAAGAUGCCAAUGGCAGCGAUUGUGAGGAUACGCUUUACAUCCACGACAAUCUGCGUGGUUCUACUCUCUGUGGCAGCAGACAGAAUGACCUGAUCUUCACCACCAUGGCCAAUGAGCUCAUUCUCAGGUUCAAAAGUGGAGUCAAUAAUGGUCGAAGGAAGGGGUUGUGGUUGUACUUUGAAGCUUUUCCUCCCAUGGAAACAACACAGAACCCAACCUCUAUUCCCACCACAAGGAUGCCACCAAGCGCAAGACCGAACCCCAAGAAUGAUGUCAUCCUGACCAGUACAUCGCGAAAUCAGAUGAAAGUAUCUGUCAAGCCGACCACCAACUCCAAACUUCUAUCAUCACUCCUGCCAUCUUUUGCCACGACAGAGCUCAAGCACAGCCAAAAAUUCCUAAUGCAGCAAGAAGAAGCAACCAUCCCUGCAGCUGCAAUCAUCGGAGGCGUCCUUGGGAGCCUGUUGUUAAUAUUGGCUGUCCUAGUCAUUCUUCUCAUAAUAAAAAGAUAUCGAGAACGGACACCUAAAUAUACUUCAACAAACGUCCUCAGUCCAUCACAUUCCUCUUCAACAAUAAUUGAAGACAACUCCAACACUUGGUACGAGUCCAGAAGUAAUCACAACAAACUGAACACACUGACCUGAAGGCUGCCCACAGGUCAACGUAUGUGUGCGUGCGUGAGCUCUAUCUGCUGGUCAGUAGACAAAAAGCAACCGACACGGAUGGUGCUGCCAUCUGGUGAAUAGUGGCCAAAUGUAAGGUCACAACAGGAUGGAGGACAGUGGGAUAUCAAAAUAAGAAGGGACUCUAAACUGAAGUAUAAAAUGUAGGUUAUUUGUAAUAGAAAAAAAUACACCAGAUUUCUUCAACUUGCAGUUUCUGAAUGCACUGUUACAUCAAGAGUAUGAUCUGCUUUUUAAAACUGUUCUUUAAUAUCACAUUUAAUCUUUAGAAAUUUCUCUAAUUGUAUUCAACUCUAUGUAUUUUAAAUUUUUACUUAAGUAAAUGUGAAUUUGGCUAAAAGCUUUUCACUGUAGCCUAUAUUGGUAAAUGUUAGACAAAUCAUGCAUGACUAUACAUUCAAAUACUUUUAAGGUUCAUAUAUGCAAACUGUAUCAAUUUUCAAACUUGAUAUGUUGUAAGUAUAUUUUUUACAUUCUGACAAAAGAUAAAAUGGCAGCAGCAGUGAUAUUUAAGUAUGGUAAAUGAUCUUGAAUAAGUGGUAAACUUUUUAAUUGGGCAGCUACUUAGCCAUGUUUGAAAUAAUUUUUUUUUUUUUUUUGCUAUAACGUGAUGAAGGUGGCAGAUGUGUAUGGUAAAUGUGACAAAAUCAGUGAAGUGCUUGUGCUAGAGGUGCUUUUUAGAACCUCUAAAACAAUGCAGACCUUGUGUGCAAUACCUACUAUGUAUAUAAAUAGCUGUACAUUAUUUAUCCUUCUUUGUACAUUACAAAAAGCUUAGCAUUGUGCAAGAAGAAUUGCAAGGCAAUCAGUGUAGUUUCUUUUUAAUGUGUAAAUUAUUUCAUCAUAUUCAACUAAGUUAUUUAUUUAUUUUAUGAAUUUACAAUUGGAAAAAAAGAAAAGUGACUUCAAAUAGUCACCAAAUAUACCAAUGUAUCUAAGCAAAAAAUCAUGUUUCUUUCAAACCCAUUCAAAUGUGGGGAAGAUGAAGUAGUAUUUACACUAAUUAAUGAUGUAUAUUGUAUUUAUUGCUAAUAUAUUAUCAAAGAGCUUGCAUACUUCCAAAGUAAACAUAGCAACCCAGAUGCCAUAGUACUAACUAGAAGUAUAGUGCUGUAUGAAGUUUGUAAGUCUGGUUUUAUCAAAGUAAGCCAUAGUUUUCUUUAAUUCCUUUUAUAUAUUUACUUAAAUGUUAGUUGCAGUACCAGCAAUCUUUACAGGAUAUAACAAAUCAAUAUACCUUAACUGAGAUUAAUGGCAGUGAAAAAAAUAAUAAAAAAAUCAAGGGAAUAAAUAAAAAAGUUUUAGUUACAAGGUGAAAGUAGUAUUUAUAAAAUGUUGCUUUAUUAUUUUUUUAAGAAAAAUCAUGCCACAGCUAUUUUGUAAUGUACCAGAGUUAAUAUAUUAAAUGAACUUAUUGUCUUGAAAAACCAUUAUAUUCAAUGUAUUAUAUUUUGUCCUGCUUGAGCAGUUGUAUAUACAUCAGUUCCAUGUUGCAGCUUAUUAUUAUGUCAGCUAAAGUGAACUAUGAAUAAAGCUAUUUAGUUAUCUA